AUGAGUGGUUGGAGCAAACUGCCGCAGGAGAGGAUAAUGGGAAGCUGGGAGUCACCGCCUCGUCAAACCCUUUGCUGGAUCGGAAAUCUCGUCCGACGAGAAGGUAAUCUGAUGGGUCAGAUAAAUCGCCAUGAACCCGCGGCGAGGGAGGAGGAGGUGGACUUAUCAACCUUCGAGCGUGAAGCUGAGACACAGAGUCUCAAGUCCCAGGUCGGAGAGAGACGAAGCUCGGACUUGGCAGUAUGA